GUAAACAUUAUAUUCAAUAUUAUAAUACGCAAAAGUGCAUAAAUAUAUUAUCUCCACAUUGACAACAUCACACUAACAACGAAUAGAUUCAUCAAUUAUCACAUCACAAAUAUACAAAACAUGGAAACCAAUUCCCCCACACUGAAACCUAAACUCUAACACUAGUAGAAUAAGACAUAAAUUGAAUUAACAGGCGGGUGUGUGGUCGAUUCUUAGUUUAAUUUUAACGGGAAGGUCAAAUGCGUUUAUAAACACACAGCCGACUAGCAGUAUAGUAGUUUAGUCCAUCGGAAUUAUUCAUUCGUCUAUUCGCUCUAGUGAAUGAAGAACUAGUUUAUCAUUCAAUAACAUUUAAAACUAAAACAAAUUGCGCUUAUUCGACAUUUCUAUCAAAAAUCUUUGAUUACGUAUUAUAGAAAUUGAUGCAAUUAAUAUUUUCGUUGUUCAAUACGUACGUAAUACGUUUAUCAGAGUGUAAUCACUAUUGUGGGUGCCAUGUGAUAUCUUUGCCUUUAAAAGUAGAUAUAUUCAUUGGACGAUAACAUCGCUGAGGUAUACUGUGAACACCAUUCAGUGACUAACUAUACAAACAUGCAGACGACUAAAGUGAAACCGUUCGAGUUGCUCAAACUAGUAUCUAUCAACAAGGAGAUUACGAGGAGAGUAGCUGUAGCAAGUACUACAGUCAAUUCGGACACAAAUUUGAAAUCAUGGAAGGAAAUUCCUGGACCUCCUUCCUUGCCAAUUAUUGGCCAAUUACACAAUUUUUUGCCUGGAGGUCAACUACAUAACAUCGAAGUAGUGGACACCACUAUGAAAUUAUUCCAAAUGUAUGGUCCAAUCAUAAGACUUGAUGGACUAUUAGGAAAGGCACCCAUGAUAGUACUGUUUGAUCCAGAAGCUUCUGCCCAUGUAUUACGAAGUGAGAACUGGCUGCCGAUUCGACCUGGAUUCGUAUCACUUGAGUAUUAUAGAAAAGUAUUCAAGAAGAAGUUUAAUAAGGAUCAUAAUGCUCAAACUACUGGUCUUGUUACUGAUCACGGCGAAGUAUGGAAAGAGUUCAGAUCAACAGUCAAUCCAGUGAUGUUGCAACCGAAAACAAUCAAACAAUAUACCACAGUACUCGAUGAGGUGGCGCAAGAUAUGAUCGCAAGGAUGAAAGCCAAUCGUAAUGAAAAGAAUAUGAUUAAAAAUGAAUUCGAUAAAGAAAUGAACUUAUGGGCCUUAGAGUCUAUUGGUACGGUGGCUCUUGGCUGCCGACUGAACUGCUUCGAUCCGAACCUUCCUGCAGACUCUCCGGAGUGGCAACUUAUCCAAUGCGUCCACGAUCUGUUUGUUACUGCUAAUAAACUUGACUUCCAACCAAGUUUUUGGAGAUAUUUUGCUACACCAACGUACAAAAAUGCGAUGAAAUUGUAUGAGCAUCAUGAAAACUUAACAAAACACUUCUUGAAGAAGGGAAAGGAGCAACUAAAGAGCAAUUCUGGUGGAGAGAAUGGUGUACUAGCAAAAUUAUUGGCGAUCAAUGAAGAAGUAGCUCACAUAAUGGCCAGUGACAUGUUAUUUGCUGGCGUAGACACGGCAGCAAAUACAGUAACCGCAACACUUUAUCUUCUGGCAACAAAUCCAGAAAAGCAAGAUAAGUUAAGAGAAGAAAUACGGUCGGGCUCUGAUCGUAGAUACCUGAGGGCAUGCGUCAAAGAAUCAUUACGAAUGAUGCCAGUGGUGUCAGGCAAUUUGCGAAGAACCACCAAGGAAUACAGUUUGAUGGGUUACAAGAUACCUAAAGAUAUGGAUGUGGUGUUCGCUCACAGAGACAUGUCGCUGUUAGAGGAAUACUUCCCAAGGGCCAAAGAGUACAUUCCAGAGAGAUGGAUAACCAGUAAAGAUGAUGCCCUUCACUAUGGAAACACACAUCCGUUCACGCAUCAACCGUUUGGAUUCGGCGCCCGAAGCUGUAUAGGUCGUCGCAUAGCGGAAUUGGAGAUGGACAUCUUCGUAGCUCGCUUGAUCGAGAACUUCCAAGUAGAAUGGUUCGGUCCACCACCGAAGAUACAACAAGAAUCUCUCAAUUACAUCAAGGGACCUUUCAACUUCAUAUUUAACGAUGUUAAGAAAUAAAGUAAAUCCUUACUAUAUAUAUAUUAUUAUUAUUUCAGGGUAUUCCCUUAUUCUCGAAAUUAUAACAAUAGACGACUAAUUUUUAUUUUAAUGUCCGUCUGAUAGAUUAUUUAAAAACAUUAGACACGUAUUUUUUAUUUUCUCACAGAAACGAAUAGUUUCGAAGAUAUAUUGAUUUGAAAUGUCGCGUGACGUCACUUCUCAGUACAUUUUAUACUAAGAAAUGACGUUUUAACCCCCACUCCUAAACUUUGAUUCGUUUUAUCUAAGUAUUGUUUUAUUAUACGACAAAAUAAAAAAAUACGUGUCUAAUAUUUUUUCAUUACCUAACUUACGGACUAAUUAUAUUUUUAAUUUUCAUACCCUGUCAUCAUCCCCAUUAUGAGGUUCACGGGCCUAAACCAAGUGAACCUCAUGGGGUACCUUGUUCGGUGGUCU